UGGGGAGCAGCGCAUUCAUGUCUCUGACCACCCUCCACGUUUGUGGCAAGUGAGAUGCAAAUGGCCUGCCUGCCUUCCCAUUUCCUUUCUUCCUUAUUUGCCACAGCCACAUACAGCUUCUUUUUCCCGUGUAAGCCAGGGAAAACUGAGUGGAUUUAAAGACAAAUGUUGAAAGAAAACAGUGGGUGUUCCUCCAACAAGGUGUGGGUGUGAAGGUGAGGUCUCAGAAGCCUGAUCUGGGAAGUGCGGACCUUCUGGGCUCGACUUAUACUUCCAACCCAGCUUGAGGUCAGCAGAGCACCCGCUCAGACUCAGAGAAGGAGGCCGGUGGGGGAGGCAGCCGGGCAGGCGGACCCCACCCCCCAAGCGCCCUGUGUCGAUUGCUGCAGAAGCUGGAUCGUGUUUCCAGGAAGUACACAGCCGCCCUGCUGCCCCUGGCCCAGUAACUGUACUUCUGGGAACACACUUCAAGGAAAUAACCCAAAGGGCGAAAGACGACUCAUACAAACACUUGCAGCUGGGUUAUUUAUACUGGGAGCAGUUGAGAGUAACAAGUGGGGAAAGACCACAAAAACCUGGAGGUAGCCCCAGGGGGCGUGCCCCCUGCCUGGCAGUGUCUCGUCCAGGUGGGCACCCAGCCAGGACGUGGCAAGCAGCCGCCUCAAGGCCCCAUGGCGCUUUAGGACUGGUGUCCAGGCUACCCACUGUCAGUCUCCAGAGACCUGGUGGAGCUUCACCCGCCUCGGUGACGUCAAGGCUCAGCAGGCACCAGGGACUUGGCCUGAUGCCUACGAAGAACACAGCCUCACCUGCCAGUGAUAUGAGUGUACAUGACCCCCCGAGCCCACGAUGCUGUGUGGGGACUCUGGAUCUUUCCAUGGGCACCCCCUCUUCCCAGAAGCCUCUCACCACAUGGAUACCCCAGACCAGCGGGCUGGCACCUGCUUCUCCGUGCUGGUUGGGGGCCGCUGUGCCAGGGACCUCGCCGGCCAUGACACUGGGAGGCAAUGCUGCUGUGACAAGGGCAGGUGCUGGACGGCUGGCCCGGCCCCGAGCUGGACCCACGCGCCGCCCCCUACCCCCUCCGCCUCCUACAGACAUCGCCGUGCCGGACGCCCGGCGCCUGCGCGAACGGCCACUGCCCCGGGAGUGGGUGGGGGUGGGGCUGGCGGGGGGCGCGGACGGCCGCGGGUGCCUGGGCACCCACGUGCGCAGCGCGUGCUACGGGACCGAGAAGGGCUCCUGCGCGCGCCCCUCUCCCGGCGCCGUCACCAGAUCCGAGUGUUGCUGUGCUAGCCCUACCGCGGGUUCCGGGGGGCCCUGCCAGCUGUGUCCUGCCAGGAGCUCAGGCGAGUUCUGGUCCCUGUGUAGCCAUGGUCUAGGCGUCCCCGCAGAGGUCAGAGACAUCAACGGGUGUGCCCUGGACCCCAACAUCUGUGCCAAAGGCAUGUGCGAGAACCAGUGGCUACUGCUUCAUCUGCAGCCUGGGCUACGAGGCAGCCACAGCCGGCGGAGGGUGCAGGGCGUGUUCACAGACAUGUGUGCCUGGGUGCACCCUGUGCCGCUGAGCUCCAGUGGCCACCGUGGCUCCCUGCUGGACCAGGACGGCAGGACCUGCAGAGGUGACGUCCCUCCCUCCCGCCGUGCCUGGUGGGGCUGCGUCCCUGCCCCCCCAGAGCUGCCCCAGGCAUGCAUGUGCUCUGCCAUCUCACCCCCUCCCCGCUGCACAGUGUCUGACACCACUGCCAGGGUCUCCGGCGCCGGAUGGCCAGCUCUGAGCCCACUGGACUGUCUGGGCUGCAGACCUGGACGAGUGCACCUCCCGGCUUCACAACUGCUAGUUCUUCUGCGUCAACCCCAUCAGUGCCUUCACCUGCCACUGUCCCUCGGCUUCACCCAGCACCAGCAGGCCUGCUUUGGGGAGCCUGGCCAGCCUUGACACGAGGCCCUGCUGACCUUUGGCCUGAACCUGUCUUGCCUGGGCCAUGCUGAGCACGUCCUGGAGCUGCGGCCUGUGCUGGAGAGUCUGGGGCGCUGCAUCCGCUACAUCACCGCC